AGGCCAUCAGUCUCACACUGUCGAUCUCUCUCAUUUCUCCUUUCUGGGUAGCAUCGCCAUCCCCUCACAGCAAAAUGCCAUCGCGAGAAUCUCCCUUCCCCGAGCCAACGGAAUACACCAUCGAUCCCCAGCGAUUCGCCUUCACCCCUCGUAAAGUGCGCGUCGUCUGCAUCGGCGCCGGCUAUGCUGGCCUCAACCUUGCCUACAAACUCCAACACGAAUCCCCUCUCGACUUUGUCGACUUCACCAUCUACGAGAAGAAUGCCGAGGUCGGAGGCACUUGGUUCGAGAAUACCUACCCGGGCGUUGGGUGCGAUGUGCCCGCCCACAGCUACGUCUUUCCCUUCAAGGCCAAUCCGGACUGGUCGCAGUGCUACGCGAAGGGGCCGGAGAUUGAGAAGUACAUUGUGGACACGGCGGAGGAGUUCGGACUCAAGAAGCACAUUGUGUUCAACACGCGGCUGACCAAGGCGAUCUGGAACGAGGCGAAGGGUAAGUGGGUGCUCGAGCUGACACAGAGCAACCCCGAAGACUCGAGUAGCCUGCAGCUGCACGACGAGGCGGAUGUUCUGCUGAACGCGGGCGGGGUUCUCAACCGGUGGAAGUGGCCGGAGAUUGAGGGGCUAAGGGAUAAAUUCCAGGGCAAAGUGGUGCACACGGCGGCAUGGGAUGCGAGCUAUGACUGGGCUGGGAAGAGAAUCGCCGUGAUCGGGAAUGGCUCGUCGGGGCUGCAGGUUGUGCCCGCGCUGCAGCCCAAGGCUGCGCGGAUUGUCAAUUACAUCCGGCAGCCGACGUGGGUGUCCAUGAAUCUGUGUCCGGAUAUCACCCCGGAUGGGCUGGGAACGAACUUCAAGUACACCGAGGAGGAGAAGAACAGAUUCCGGAAUAAUCCAGAGGAGUUUCUCGCUUAUAGGAAGCGCGUUGAUAACUCUGUCAACACUGUCUACCGACUCAUGCUUUCAAGUCCUAUGAAUGACCAGUUCAAGAGCAUUGUGGAGAAAAUGAUGCGGCAACAGCUCGGUGAGAAUCCCGAUCUUAUCGACAAACUCAUUCCCAACACCUCGAUCGGAUGCCGCCGUUUAAGCCCCGGUGACGGCUACCUAGAGGCCAUGCAACAGCCCAACGCAGCCUGGAACUUUGACGCAAUCCAACACGUCACCGAAACCGGGAUUCAGACCACCGAGGGAGAGGAGAAAUUUGACCUCAUUGUCUGUGCCACCGGGUUCGACACGAGCUUCAUCCCCGCCUGGGAGCUGGUGGGCCGGGAUGGGCGCCAGCUGCAGAAGGAGUGGAAGCACACCCCUAAGGCAUAUUUCUCCGUGUGUGCGGCGGGCAUGCCGAACUACUUCGUGUUUGGGGGCCCAAAUUGUGCCUUCAGCCACGGGAACUUGCCGCAGAUGUUGGCGUGGUCGGCGGACUAUAUGCUCCAAUGGAUUAGAAAGAUCGCGCGGGAGGACAUCCAUUCCAUUGUUGUGAAGGAUGAUGUGGUUCGUCAGUACAACCGCCAUGCGCAGGCGGGUCUGAAACGUACCGUUUGGACCACGGGCUGUCAGGCAUGGUAUAAUAAUGGUACGACGGUUACGGCCAUGUACCCCGGCAGCGUAUUGCAGUACAAAGGCAAGUUCGACCCUCGGUUCGCAGAAGCCAUUUCGUACAUCCGCGGCGAGGACUUCGACAUAAAAUAUAGAGCCUCGAACCCGUUCGCGUACCUCGGAAACGGCGAGCUGGAGUGGGAACGCGCAGAAGAUGCUGACCUAUCAUUCUACCUGAAGUAG